AUGAGGGCUGCCUUCCUGGUGCUGCUCCUCUGGGCCGUAGCCUGCACUCACCCUGACACAGCAAGCGAAAAUUACAUCAACAAGCUGGGCAACCUCCCGGGUGGUGGAGAUGGCAGACAUCCUCCUGCCGGUGUGGAGAGGGGGGACAAUGCCCUUGCUGGGGAGCUGGCGGGUGGGAACGCCGUGGGCGAGGAGCUGGGUGAGCACGGUGGCCGAGACAAGGAAGGCAGAGCUGGGGAGGCUCAGCACCUGAACCGGGUGGACCACGAGGACACAAAUGCCCGGAAUGGGAACAGCCUUGGUUUCCUGGAGGAGGAUGCACGCAAUGCUGAUGACGGUGACAACGGAGAGCGCUACGGCACUGGAGUCAAUGGGCUUCCCUCCCGCGCUGGUGGGCUCCUGGAUGAGGAGGACGACAGUGGGGAUGACACCUUCGACAAGAAUGGGGAAGAGGACCGUUAUGGGUGGACCAACGGGCGGGGGGGGGGCAGCAGCAGCAGCCAGGAGGAGGAGAGCUAUGACUUCGAGGAUGAAGCCAUGCAGGGCGAUGACCCCUCCAUUUUCGAUGGCCCAGGCAACAACUACAAGGGGCGCCGUGCUGGCCCACACUCCCUGGGGAGCAGCCAAGAAAGCAGCCGGGGGGCUGGCUCCCACCACUGGGAGGAGGGUGACAGCAGGUCCCCAGAGAUGGAUGAUGCUGACUCAGGAGAAGACAGCCCAUCCACGGAGGACAACAGUCAGUCAGAAGAGCCUGUUGCCAGCCAGUCAGAGGAAAACAGCGUCAGCCGCUCUGGGGAGGACGGGGAUGGGGAGGACAGCCCCUCCAGGCAGGGCGAGGGCAGUGAGUCUAGGGAGGGCACCCCCGACCAGUCAGAUGAAGAGCUGGGAGAGUCCCCGGAGGACAUCUCACAUGAGGUGGUGAGCACAUCGAGCAAGCGCAGCGGCAGCUGGUCCCAGGAAGGGCAGGAGGACCAGCAGUCUGCGGAGGACAGGAGGGUGCUGUCUGUGCCUGACAGUGAGUCCGGGGAAGACGAGGGCGACCAGAGCAAGUCUGGGGAAGAUGAUGGCGACCAGAGCCACUCCACAGAGGACACUGUGGAGGAGUCAAAGGAGGACAAGAAUGACUCCAACCCUGAUGGGGACGUGCCGAGCGUAUCAGCUGAGAGCCAGAGCGCAUCCCCGGAGGAUGACGGCAGCCAAGAGGACAAUGCAGGCAAGGACAGCAGGUCCACAGAGAGCAACAACAGCGAGUCCCAGGAGGACAAUGAUGAUGACGAUGAGGAGAGCCACUCCCAGGAGGACGCCACCCGCGAGUCCAGCAGCCGCGGGGACGACAGCUUGCCACAGAGCCUGGAGAGCGGGAGCCGGAAACGGCGGCCGGGCACCUACCGCAACAAGCCUGCUGCCGACUACGAUGACAACGACUGCCAGGAUGGGUACUGA